CGUGUGACGGAGCGCUGCAUUCCCGGCUCGCUGACACUGUAGCUCCGCUCUAUCCACCGACCCUAACGCCUGUGUGUAUCCGUCACUCACUGCCUGUAACUGGGACAGAACAUGGAAGGGGACGGCAGCCAAGCUACGUCUGGAAGCCCGACUGAACCGCAACACGACCCGGGGAAAAUGUUUAUCGGUGGCCUCAGCUGGCAAACUUCACCAGAUAGCCUUAGAGAUUAUUUUUGUAAAUUUGGGGAAAUCCGAGAAUGUAUGGUGAUGAGAGACCCAACGACAAAACGUUCCAGGGGCUUUGGCUUCAUCACUUUUGCAGAUGCUGCCAGCGUAGAUAAAGUCUUGGCACUGCCGCACCACGAGUUAGAUUCUAAAAUGAUCGAUCCUAAAGUUGCCUUUCCUAGACGUGCUCAGCCGAAGAUGGUGACGAGAACAAAGAAAAUAUUUGUCGGAGGAUUAUCAGCCAACACAGUUAUUGAAGACGUGAAGCAAUAUUUUGAACAGUUUGGCAAGGUAGAGGAUGCCAUGCUGAUGUUUGACAAAACCACCAACCGACAUAGAGGUUUUGGCUUUGUUACAUUUGAAAUUGAGGAUGUGGUGGAGAAAGUCUGCGAGAUCCAUUUUCAUGAAAUCAAUAAUAAAAUGGUAGAAUGCAAAAAGGCCCAGCCUAAAGAAGUGAUGUUUCCUCCAGGGACACGAGGUCGGGCGAGGGGCCUACCAUACACUGUGGAUGCCUUCAUGCUGGGCAUGGGCAUGCUUAGUUAUCCUAACAUUGUAGCGACAUACGGCAGAGGUUACACUGGUUUUGCCCCAAGCUACAGCUACCAGUUCCCAGGCUUCCCAACAGCAGCGUACGGUCCGGUGGCGGCAGCAGCAGUAGCGGCAGCGCGUGGCUCAGGUAGGGGGGCCCCUGGAAGAGUCGGCGGCUACAUGGCAUACGGGCAGAACGCAGGGGCAGGCUUCCCUGACUAUGGGUUGUAUUCCACGGCCGGCAGUGACAUGCGGGGAGGGGCCUCCUACUCUCUGGCUGACUAUGGCUCCCUGGGUGCCCAGGCGGCUGCUCAAAUCCUGCCCAGUGAGCAUGCCAGCUCGGCCUGCAACUCUCCUAACUCCAUCCAGCACCACCUGCACAGCCCGGACCCUUUUAAGAGCCCAGGAAGCAACCAGAACAGGCCUGGAGCCUUUCCUGGGGCCAACAGUCCUGGCCCCGUAGCUGACCUCUAUGGAGGCACCAGUCAGGACUCUGGUGUGGGCAACUACAUCAGUGCCACCAGCACUCAGCCAGGCUCUGGCUUCAGCCACAGCAUUGCUGGUCCAUUGAUUGCGACAGCUUUUACAAAUGGAUACCAUUGAAAGCUAACAGGUGACUGGUUGGCAUCUCUUUUGAGGUGAUGCCACCCAGCACUAACCACUACAGCAUCCACGCAGUGAGCCUGAGCGGGGGUGGAACCAGAUGAAGAACAGUUUGAAGAUAAGCCCGCCCUGCGAUGGAGAUCCCUCUGACUGUGUCCGGUAUACUUGUGUUGAGAUUUUGCUGGUUUGGAUUUUAAUAUUUUUUCUUUCAUUUUGAUUUGUAAACGUAUUGUAUUGGACUUUAAAUCAAUAAUGUUAAAUUAUUUUUCAAUUAUUUAACUAUGAUUAUUUUAAGUGUACGUUUGUUUUGUUUGUUUUGAUUCGCAAGUAAAAAAAAAAAAGCAAUGUACGUAUCACUACACCUUUUGUGUGUGGUUACUUUUUAUCUCUGAUUGAUUGAAAGAUUGUCAGUUUGCACAUACAAAGACAUCUGAUGUGAACAGUGUUGGUUCACGUAUCAAUUAACACAAGACAUACCAAUAACACCUAGUAGCUUCGGUUCUAGCAAUGUGGUCACUAAACAUACCCAUUUUGGCAAUAAGAGGACGACAAUAUUUUCACAGUCCUGUUUUAUAAAUGUUUUGUUGUCUGGAGAAAAAUAAUAUAUAUAAAGUUGUCUUUUUAUUUCUGUGUCAAAUUUGAAAAGAAGUGUAUAACUGUACCUGGUGUUUAAGUGGUUAUAGUGGUUUAGUGAGGGACAGGAAGGGAUUACCUGAAGAUAGUCCCAUCAUGCACUGCUGUUUCGCUCCUUACAUGCUCUUUGCUAACUGUGGCUAAUUUGAUACCAGCAUAUGUGUCUACAUUAUGAGCUAUAGAGAGCUGAAGGAAUGAGUCCUUUAACACGAGAAUGAGUCCUUUAAACCAGGAUUGAGUUAGUAUUCUACCAGUUGCGGUUCCCUUGUUCAAAAUCAACAGUUUUUUGAACCUGUAUUUUGUUUAAUGCCUGAAAUAAGGUCUGCUGUUAACAAGAUGUUUCCCGUUUUGUUCUACGGCAUAACAUAUGUCGUUAAAUACUCUCUCCAUGUCUGAAUCUUUUCUAUGUCAUUAAUACAGCGGUUGCUAGCAAGUGGCCAAAUAAGAAUACCAAACGCAACCACGACAAACAUUAGUCCUCCUUAAUUUAGCGCUGGUGUGUAUUUUGUUUAUAGCUUUUUACUACUGCCUAUUACAUUAACACCUCAACUGCUAUAAAAGUGAAGUUAAUAUAUGAAGCUUAUCCAGAUGAACAAAACGUGUCAGUAUCAUAAAUCUUUGUUAGCCGCAGAUCUUAUUUUUUGCAAAUGUUGAGGGAGCCUUGGUGAUGCUAACUUCUGGGUCUGCCUACGAAAUUACGGCCCCACUGCACCACCCUGUAGUGCACCAAAUUAUGUGACACACAGCUGACGGUCUCUCCUCUCAUUCUCUCUGAAGCUCUGUAGCAUGAAAACAAAUCAAUCCAAAGCACACUUGAUAGUUUUUGGAUUACAAAGAUGAUUUUUAUUUCAUAUGCUGUAAUUGUCCUCACAUGUCUGGUGGUUCACAUAAAAGGCAAUAUUUCAAGUUUUGCUACUUGUGUUUGUUACGAGGAGGAAGGAGUGUUGCUUAUUACCUCAGUCCUAUGAGAUUUUCUAACGAUGACAAGAGAACCUAUUUAAAAUUAUGACUGGCUAACAAAGUUGUUGCGCUGUCAAUAGAGGUAAGGCUGAGAGCAGAUUUCAUUUGCACAUUUAGUGGACUUUUAUGUAUAACUCAAUUUUGGUCAGCCUAACUUGAAAAUGUCUGGACAUUUAUUUACUGUUUUUAAUUGUUACAGUUGCUUGCAUAACACUGGUUGAAAACACACAGAUUUCCAUACACGCAUUACAAAAAAUGUAAAGGAAAAUAGGAAUGUUGUCUGUAAUUUCAUGUAAAUAGGGAUUUGCUAUAACUAAAGAAUCAACCUUUUUUUAAGUUUUAAAUUGAUAUGAAUUGAUAAAUGUACGCGGUUUUCUUCCCUCUGUGCUAAUACAAAUAUUUUACAAAUUACUUUUACAAACUGUGGGAAGCUGAAUGCUGGACUGUUUCUAUAAUGCAGUAAUAAUCGAAAAAACAAAUGUGUAAGUUGUUAAUUAAAAAAAGAAACAUGUAUGUUCCCUUGUAUGAUUCACAUUUCUAUGAAGGAUUUGUAUCAAUAUUUUUGUGGCUGUUAAUGAUUCUAUAAAUAAUAUCUAUAUAAAUCAUAAUAAUUAUAUCAUGUACUGUAUAUUCAUCCAGUUCUCUCUUCAACAUCCUCUACAAUAAUCUUCAGUUGAGCAUUAAUGUAUUGCAGUAAUAUAUACUAAAGAAAAUCUGAUGACCUUAUAUAGGAGUGCUGUCUUUGAUACCAGUGUAGUGUGCUAUACACAGAUGUGUUAACCUUUAAAACUCUCACUUGUUUUGUCUCUCUCACUCUUUCUCCCAGUAACUAGUGGUAGAUGUUCUGUAGUUGCAAUAUUGUUAGCUAGUACUCAUCACGUAGGACCAGUAAGGAUAGUACCUUCACAUUUUCCAGACUCGGAAAAGAAGCGGACAUUUGUUUCACGUGGAUUUACAUUUUUAUUUUGAAUUUGUGCUGCUCUCAUGUGGUUUCAGCAAACCAAAGCUACGGUGGCCAACCCGUGCAAACACGCUACAAACGCCAAAAACACUGACCUUAGGAGAAACACGCUGCAAGUUCAAAAUCAUCUCAAUUUAUGAGAACACAACUGUGCCAAAACACAUGCAAAUUAAGAAAUAUCUUCACCAACUUAACACAUGCGCAGCUUCUAGAGAACAUUCACCGAAACUCUGCAAAUAAAAAACGCUGCAGAUAAAAAGCGAUGCACACAGCAGGGACUGGAGCACUUGUUGAUGUUUGAUUAUGUUGAUUAGAAAGUUUGCAAACUGUCACUGUCUGGAAACUUACCUAGAGACUUGUGUUGGCUUAUUUCAACAAUGUGAUCGUGUCACUCCUGCUGAUAUUAUUGCAGAUAUGUUGUAAGCUAGUUAACUAACGUAUUAACCUAGCCAUUUUAAAUAUACUGAUAAAACACUUACAAAUAUAAAACACUGUGGGAUUUAUUCCUGAACGUCAACAAGUCCGAGCUGUGUGCAUCACUUUUUAGUGUCCCUGUUUCUGUUGUGUUUUGAACUUUUGGAUUCGCAGAGCUAUUAGUAAAUGCUGCACGUGUGUUGUCAUUGUCGAAGAUGUUUCUUCAUUUGGGUGUGUUUUGGCAUAUUUUAGUGUUGUUUGUUUUCAUUGUAUUUGAGGACGCAGCAUGUUUCUCCUAAUGGAAGUGUUUUGAGCCGUUGUGACGUGUUUACUCCUGUCCGGCCACCGUACAAAGCUCUCAUCAGAAGCGUUUCAAGCAAGAUCUGCUGUGAGUUGUUCUUCUAAACACGGCAUUAAUAGAACCCCCACCCUUGAAUGUUAUAGUAAGGGGGUUUGCCAUACUACCUUAAAUGCUAAUGCUGGAUAUGCAAAACAAACUUUGAUUUGUUAUAAUUUGAAGUUAACGAGCAGGAGGAUUUUAUUACUCUGAUGAAUCAAAAAGCAUAUUUUUAUAUAGUUACAACAGUAGUAAUAAAGACUGUUAUAAAUAUAACUAAUCUGAACGCUGUGUUUUAAUGUUUGUAUUUUUACUUGUUCAGUACUUUUGAGUUUGAACUCAUCAACUCCCAAAACAUUUUUUAUUAUUUUGCUCUUGGAUCAUGCAAACAGCUCCUACUUUAAUCAAUGUUAGAUUGCCAACCACUAAAGCUUGUUAUCCAUAAACUCUAUAACUGUGGUGAACUGAACUCAAAUGCUAUAUAUUAUAUAUAAAAUAUACCUUAGAUCUUCCAUAAUAUAUCGGUCAAUGCACAUUUUACAUUAUCCUCAUAUGCCACCUCUUUGCAUUUGCAUUACGGGCGUCAAGUAAAGUCAACUGAAUUAUAUUUAUACAUCCCAAACAAUCUAAUAGAGACAGUAGUAAUCCUAGUGGGUUUUUCUUUGUGCUAUGGCGUCACAGUAGGAGAUGUGGCAGUAGCCAUUCUUUGUGGACUUUGCAUGUGCUUCCAUCCACCCUCCUCCUCCUCCCUCUGCGGAGUGCGUUUCUCUUUAAGAGCAUGUCUCCAAAUAGCGUCAUUUUUCAAUUCUUUCCAAUGAGAAGUGGGUGCAUGUCGCCACAUGUGGUUUAAUUGCCAUACGCAGAUUGUCCUCCUCGCUCUACGACUGUCAGACUGAGCGGUGACUAGCUUAUUCAUACAAAGUGUGAGAGCAAGAAUCUUCUGGAGGGUUUUAAUUGUGGAAAACGAUGUUAAACUAAUAUGUAGUAUUUAGAAUAGAUAAAUAGAUCAUUAUAAAGGCAAGCAGGCAAAGCUAGUCUAAAAAAACAGUUAUAAGUUAUCAUUGUCACAGAACAUUAAAAUAAGUGCUGAGAGCAUUUUUUAUGGAAAAACUGGAGGGUUGUUCAUUGACAUGAAAUACAUCAGUAAAUAACCCAUUGAUAAAUGUCUGAAGCUUGAAUGUUUUUUAAAAGUGGCGGCUGCUAACAAGUUGCUAGAGGAAGCCACUAAACGUCAUCACUCCAAACAUUAGCCGCUGUUAGCUUAGCGGUGUGAAGUCAAGCGUCCGUGAUGCAGUUUCUUUUAUAGCCUAACAUUAGCUUUUUACUUCUAGCAAUUGCUUUAUGCUUAUAAAAGUGGUGUUAAUAUGUGAAAAUGAUCCUGCUAAAACAUGUUUGGCACAGAUCUAUACUACCCCAUUAGUUUAAGGCAGGAGGCCCCUUGCAUUGCUAACUUACGAGACGGCCUACAAUAAUAUGUCAUCAUUACAUCUUCUACAAUGCAACGGUUUCAACUAUCUUAGCAAAUUGUCCACUCAUGAUAUAUAUGCCUACAUUAUGAAAUUGUUCCAGACAGUUCAUUGUGUGUCACAACUGUCACACUAAUCUGCACCUGUCUACGCCAUUAGAUACAGUGUUAUUAAAGUAGGAGUUGUUUGCCCUUUUCAAGUAGCUGAUCCAGGUCCACAUGUCUUGAUUUGAACUCAUAUCUCGCACUUUAAGGUAGCAUGGCUCUGUUGUUGCUGUACGUAAAUAUUGACAGCAGUUUACAGCUAAUGAAUGUUAAACAUCUUGUUAGACAAGUUCAUAACUGUUGACUAGGAAAAAAAGAACAUUCUACCGUGAAGUUUUGGGAAUUUUUAUUGUGAGUGUACUACUUUAUCCACUUAAACUUGAAUCUUGAGGCAAGUGCUAGGUAAUGGCCAACUUCACAGCUUGUCCCUGAAAUGGAGCCUGCUGGUAGCUUCACACUCAUGUACACACAGAUCCGAGGCUUUCCGCAUGUGGAUGAACAGCUUUAUGUAUAGCCAACACUUGCAGCUCACUUUUUCCAAUACUGCAAAAUAAAUGAUACUUAAAAAAGGUAAGGUACAAUAAUAAUUGAGUUUAGUGUGCCUACAGUCGCACAACUCUGAUGUAAAGGUUUCAUGUUCUCAAUCAUCAGUGUCUCAUCAUGUUGCAGUAGAUUCUUGUCCUUCAUCUGGAGGUUUUCUGAUUGCCUUGCCCAUACCUACCACUUGCCCUUUUUUUUUUUAGUGUUAACAGACUUUUUACCAUGAGAGCUGACUGAAUGGACUGACUGUCUGAAAACAUCUUUCAGGUCUUCUUGUAGGGCUUGCUCAAGCCCUGCUGUAAAAACAAUAAAAACAACAAAAAAAAAAGUGGGGUGUCUCAAAUCCCAGAUGUGGAAAGUAUAAUUUUGUAUUUGUAUUUUCAAAUAAUGAUAAUAAAACAUGUUUGUGAAAGCUUUCCAUCCUCUACUCUGGUCCAGAAAUCAAUGUGUUUGUCUAAAGAAUGAAAUAAAGCUGUUUUCAAUCA